AUGUGGGCGACCGGAGUCGUGUCCACGUUGGCGCUUCUAUGUUGCGCCGGUACUGUUUUCUGGACGCUGAACUUGCUGCAGGAGAUGGAGGAGUUCCAGAGCAACAUGAAGUUGGAGCUUCAAAACUGGAAGGUUUCCUUUACUUCCAAGACGUCUUGUAACUGUUAUUCCAGGAGAUUAGCGACGAUACUUGGGGUCAGAUGAACGCUAUUGAGAAAAGACCUACCAAACUCUGGGGAACUUUCCUGCGGAAAAUGAAAAAGCGGUCUCCAGAUCAAUGCGGUUAGUUGUAGCCUUUAUAUGUUAACAACUCUCAUUAACGAAUUAUUCUUUCAGAUUGUGCUCCUCCAGUCAAGACUUGCCCACAAGGACCCCCAGGAAAUAAGGGAGAAAGCGGACGACCUGGACUUCCAGGCCCUGAUGGUCUGAAUGGUGAGCCUGGACUGCCCGGAGAAGUCGUUCCGUGAGUUGAAUCCGCAAAAAAUCAAAACUUUCCACGUUUUCAGACUGAAUAUCGAAAAACCGGACGGAUGCAUCAAAUGUCCGGCAGGCCCAAGAGGACCAGCCGGACCUCCUGGAGAUCUUGGACCGGCUGGCAAUCCUGGAGGCCCUGGCCAUCGUGGUCCAGCAGGAGAUCAAGGAGAGCCUGGAACUGCUGGAGAAAUCGGAGAUCAAGGACCGAAGGGAGAAAAUGGAAAGCCUGGUCCGCGUGGAUCUCCAGGAGAGCCAGGAACCGUGGCGAGACCUGGACUUCCAGGAAGACGAGGCUCUCCCGGACCGACUGGACUUGUCGGAGCUCAAGGUGAAGCCGGAAAGAACGGUGACGAUGGCAAGGACGGUGCUCCUGGACACAAAGGAGAAGACGGACGACCUGGCAGACGCGGAAAGGACGGCGUUCCUGGCGCGCCCGGCAACCACGGAAAACAAGGCCCUGAUGCCGAAUAUUGUCCUUGUCCAGAAAGAACUGUUUGAAGAAUUCAACGUGAUUCGAAAUAAAGAUCUUUUUUUGCAUCUUCAUUUCUAUAAAAUUUAUGAGCGGAACCUGUUUGUAGUGAGACUUUUGUGUGUUGCGACUUUCUGUUAUAAAAAUGAUUUGAAGCGGUUUCAUCGAGGAAUCAAAAUCGGUACUGUGGAUCGUUUUGAUAUUUUCGUGUUGUGCCGUGAUAAUCUUCCAGCUCGAAAUAUUAUUGAAUCGAAAAAGAGGUAAUCUUUGAUCAUUAUGAAAGCUUAAUUCCAAACAUUUUUAAGACGAAAAGCGUGA